AUGGACACGGGGGAGACGGCGCUGGCGCCGUGGGAGCGGGCCCAGGGCGAGGCCGGUCACCUGCACCGCUUCUGCAGCCAGCCGGUCAAGCGCAGGCCCCCGGGGGUCAGGGUGGCCCGGCUCACGCGCGACGACCGGCUCCGACCGCGGGACCUCGAGAAAUACCGCCUCAUCGCCAAGAUCCCCGCCGUCCAGCGGGACGUCCUGCCCGGCGGCGCCAUCGUCCAGGACUGGCAGCCCCUCCGGCCCUGCCGGGGCAACCUGCCCGCCGUCCGGGAGCGGGCCCGGCCCCGGCUGGUCACCCUGUGCGGCCGCCCCUUCCCCGUCCCGUUGGGCGGCGACGGGUCCCGACCGGACGCCUUCGGCGGGGUCGCGGCCCGGGUCCGCGGCCAGCCGCUCGGCCAUCUCGAGAGGCUGGUCCCGACCCGCGCCGGCCACGAUGUCGCCUGCCAGCUCUCCCUGGCCCCGGACCUCUGGCCGCCUUCUGCCAGGUUGCCCUGGGCCUCGAGCUGA